CAGCAGCAGCAGCAACAGCAGCCGCUUCAGGGUCUACCCGAGCCUCGGGCCUACAUGCCGGACUCACAGAACUUGGACUUUGUCUACCACGAUCACGAGGAGCUCACACGAUUCCUGAGAGCCACCAGUGCCAGGUAUCCCAAUCUGACGGCACUCUACUCCAUUGGCAAGUCCAUUCAGGGCCGUGAUCUGUGGGUAAUGGUCGUCAGCUCGUCACCGUAUGAGCACAUGAUCGGCAAGCCGGAUGUCAAGUAUGUGGGCAACAUCCACGGCAAUGAGCCCGUGGGCCGCGAGAUGUUGCUGCAUCUCAUUCAGUACUUUGUGAGCAGCUACAGCUCCGAUCAGUAUGUGAAGUGGCUGCUGGACAAUACGCGAAUACACAUAUUGCCCACCAUGAAUCCGGAUGGCUAUGCGGUAUCCAAGGAGGGCACCUGCGAUGGCGGACAGGGCAGAUACAAUGCGCGUGGCUUCGAUUUGAAUCGCAAUUUUCCGGACUACUUCAAGCAGAACAACAAGCGCGGACAGCCGGAAACGGACGCUGUCAAGGAUUGGAUAUCCAAGAUACAAUUUGUGCUCAGUGGCAGCCUGCAUGGCGGUGCACUGGUCGCCAGUUAUCCCUACGACAAUACGCCAAACUCCAGGCUGCUCAAAGGGAUCUGCCGUUCGUCCGCCCUGUGCGCGAUGUUCCAGACCUACUCGGCGGCACCCUCGCUCACCCCCGACGACGAUGUGCUGAAGCAUUUGUCGCUGGUCUACGCCCGGAAUCAUGCCAAGAUGUCACGCGGUGUGGCCUGCAAAUCGGCCACGCCUGCCUUCGAGAAUGGCAUCACAAAUGGCGCCGCCUGGUACCCAUUGACGGGCGGCAUGCAGGACUAUAAUUAUGUGUGGUAUGGCUGCAUGGAGAUCACCCUAGAGAUCUCCUGCUGCAAGUUUCCGCCCGCCUACGAGCUCAAAAAGUAUUGGGAGGACAAUCAGUUGUCCCUUAUCAAAUUCCUGGCUGAGGCGCAUCGCGGUGUCCAGGGCUUUGUCUUCGAUCCCGCGGGCAUGCCCAUUGAGCGCGCCUCCAUCAAGAUCAAGGGACGCGACGUUGGCUUUCAGACCACCAAAUAUGGCGAAUUCUGGCGCAUACUCCUGCCAGGCUACUACAAGGCGGAGGUCUUUGCUGAGAGCUUUGCCCCACGCGAGGUGGAAUUCGUCAUUGUGGAGCAGCAUCCGACGCUGCUGAAUGUCACGCUGCAGCCCUCAAAGCCCUACCUGUUGGCCUCUUCAGUCGUCACCACCGCAAGGACGCGUCCUGUGAGCGAGAAGCUGCAGUUGUCCACCGACUAGUCCUCUCUCCGGGUGCUCUCUGGCUGGCAUGGCAUGGCAAAUACAUUCGUAAGAUGUGCCUUUAGUCUUAAGAGUUGUGCGAAUAAUUUGGUGUUUGGUCUCCAUCUGGUCCUGUGGCUUUCAUUCUUUGUGCACCCCGGAAAUGCUUAACUUCAAUUCCAAGACUUUUUCUGGUUAAAGGAGAACUCAACCCGCAACCCUCGACCCUUAACCCCCCUACGUACGCCUAAGUGUUUGCUUGUUAUCGGUAAAUUGUACAAUAGAGAGAGAAAGU